GUGCAGGUGCAUUUGGAGAACAUUCCCUCGAUGAUCAUGGAUCCACGAGUAUCGGCAUUGUGGUUGGUUCUCCUCUCGCUGUUGGGUGGCGCCCUGUCCUUCCAGGACAAGGCCCCAGUGCAGACGAGCCUCGUGACAGGCCAGGCACGCAAUGACAAGCAGCAGCAGAUCCUCGACGACACCCUGGGCACGUCCUCGGGCCGCGGCAUCGACGAUCACCUGCUGAAGACUAUCGGUAAGGGUGGGAUCAAAUUGGUCAUGGCUGGAGGCUCGUCUACGACCACACCCAAACCGUCAGUACAACAUCAUUACUAUUAUCCACCAGAGGAGCAGCAGCAGCCGCGUCAGUACGGCUACGGUCCGCCACCCGCGUACUCCCCCUGGCUGCAUGCCCCACAUCCGCCACGGCCGCAGCUUCCACCGUGGGGGCCACCACCAGGACCACCGCCGCCACAGCCCCCAUACUACGGUGGAUAUCCAUCCUAUCCAGGCUGGGGUGGCGGCUAUCAGGGCGGCUAUCCCGGCUGGGGCGGUGGUGGCUACCCAGGCUAUCCAGGCUAUGGCUAUCCCAGCUAUCCCGGCUAUCCCUACUAUCCGUUCUAUCGCUCGGCAGGCGCCACGGAGGUGGACAACCAAGUGCCCGGUGGCCCCGAACUGCCGCCCUCCCCCCAUCCAGGCGUCUUUCAGGGCCGACAAGUGCUCACCCAAAAUUAUCUCGAGGGCAGGGCCAACGCUGCCAACAUUGUGCCGCUCUAUCAUCUGCUGCAAAUGUCCAGAGCUUAAGGUUUUUCAAUAAAAAUAUGUGCGAGAACU